CAGAGCUGCGGCGGCGACGCGAAGCGGGCCUGAAGCCGGCGAGGCCGAACGAAGCCAGGCUCGUAAAGCAGAGGCGGCCGCCAAGGCCUUGCGCGACGGGAUGGCUUCCGUGAUCACUGAACCUUCCUCCUGUGAUACUUUUGUGGCUCUGCCUCCAGCCACAACUGGCAGCAGGAUCAUCUUUGGAAAAAAUUCAGAUAGGCCCUCAGAUGAAGUCCAGGAGAUUGUGUACUUCCCUGCUGCAAGUCAUGGCCCAGGAGAAAAAGUUGAGUGUACUUAUAUAGAAAUUGAACAAGCACCAGAAACUUAUGCAGUUGUUCUGAGUCGCCCCUCCUGGCUCUGGGGUGCUGAAAUGGGGGCCAAUGAGCAUGGAGUCUGCAUUGGGAAUGAAGCGGUGUGGGGAAAGGAGGAAGUCUGUGAUGAUGAAGCCCUCCUAGGCAUGGAUCUUGUCAGGCUUGGACUGGAAAGAGCUAAUACCGCAGAAAAAGCUGUUGGUGUCAUUGUUGAUUUGCUGGACAAGUAUGGUCAAGGUGGAAACUGUAUGGAGAGUCAUAUGGCAUUUACAUACCAUAAUAGUUUUCUGAUAGCAGACAGAAAGGAAGCUUGGAUACUGGAAACCUCUGGAAAGUAUUGGGCUGCAGAGAAAGUAGAAGAAGGAGUGCGGAAUAUUUCCAAUCAGCUAUCAAUAACAACCAAGAUUGAGCGUGAGCAUCUGGAAAUAAGGAAUUAUGCUAUAAGCAAAGGCUGGUGGGAUGGAAAAAAAGAAUUUGAUUUUGCUGCUACCUAUUCAUACGUGAAUACUGCCAGGAUGACUACUACCAGAGGCAGAUACUGUGAAGGCUAUAAACUACUGAAGAAACAUGAAGGCACAAUAACAGCUGAGACAAUGAUGACAAUCCUUCGGGAUAAAGAGACUGGCAUUAAUAUGGAAGGAGGCUUUAUGACCACUGGAAGCAUGGUUUCCAUACUUCCUCAGGAACCCAGCCUCCCUUGCAUUCAUUUCUUCACUGGAACUCCAGACCCCGACAGGUCUGUCUUUAAACCUUUCAUUUUUGUGCCAAAUAUUACGCAGUUGCUAAAAACCAGCUCUCCAGUGUUUGGUCCCGAGGAUCCAGUUAAAAAACAACCACGAUUUCAGACAAAGCCAGACAGAAGACACGAACUCUACAGAAAACAUGAAAGUGCAGCUCUCAUGAUGGAGUCUUCUAAGGAAAAGGGGGACAUGAUAUUGGAACAGAUCCGAAAGUUGGAGAAAGAGAAGAUUAAGGAAAUGGAGCAUAUUCUACAGAACGGAAGCCUUGAUGCUGAUCAAGCAGUUAAUCUUUUCUCAAACUGCACAGAAGAUGAAAUCCAGGCAUAUGCGUAAGAUGAUACUGGCACUACCACCACCUUCUGCCCAGGCUGGUAGGGUUGUGGAUAUGGGACUUCUGCCAGAAUUUUCUUCCAUCCCCCAUUGGAUUGCUUUACUAUAAUAAUAUAUGCACUGUGAAAUUUCAAGGGGGCAGCAAGUGUGAAACUUCCCAGCUGAAGCAAUACAGUUGUAAUUUCUCAGUAUUUAAAUGUGGAAGGGCCUAUUCUAGCAUGGUUUUCUCUCUUAACUCAGAGAAAGUCGAUAAUGUGAAAAAUACUGCUUUCACUUUAUAGUUUGAUAUUUUAUUAAUAUAUUGACCCUCAAUAUGCUUUCUAGUGCAGUCUGCUUACUUGAAGUUAGAAGUCCUGCCACUUCAAGUUCCCUAUGCAGUGGUACCUC